AGUUCUGCGUUGAACCCUUGCCAGCCACCCGACGAUUUGAAGUCGAGCCCAGCGGGGAAAGCAGGAUGGGCCGGUGAAGGGAGAAGGGAGACGGAGAGGCGACGCCAGAAGGGGUUUCCCUAUUUACGUUCGCUUCUGGGACCGACAAUCAGCAAUGAAAUUGGCGGAUGUCAAGAUGGUGAUAAUGACUGCGAUGGCGAGGUAAGGAAGCUUAAAAUCAACGGUAGCGGGGGAGAACAGAGCAGCAAGGAAACAGAUCCGGCUGGCGACCAAUGGUGGCAGUGUGGCAAACUGAAUUCUAGGAACAUGGCCGCCGACCUCGAGUACUGCCGUCGGCAAAGGAAACUCGGCUAUCAGGCAUGUUAUCCUCCUCUGAGCGAGCUCAGUUCUCUGGACCCUUUCCUGAUGAUGGAUGAAUUUUCAGACCUUUUAGCUUUGAUGCAUUCUCGAAGAAGUGGAACUACACUCAGGACAAGAGCUUCAAAUCAUGAAAUACAGUCUCAUCUUCACAGUCACAGGUACUAUCCAGUCUAUCAUUUAGGAUGUUUGCCAUUGUUAUGGCAUUGUGACAUUCUUAGAAGAGCUGCUGAAGCUGGAGGGCUGCUUCCAAAUGCAAUGAUCACCAACUCAGAUGGUUCCGAAGAGAAUUCGUUAUCACUCCCGGUAAGAGUUGUUGCGAAUGGCUGUGGAAUUCCAUGCAUUGACUUGAGGCCGGUCAGAUCUGAGCUUUCUACUGCAAUGGAGGCUGAUCUGGUACUGGUGCCUGAGUCCAUCGUAGAAUUG